CCCUUGCAGUUGAGUCUUCGCGACAACCCUCUAGUAGUGAGGUUUGUCAGAGAUAUGACGUUGCAACCUCCUUCUUUAUUGGAACUGGCUGGUCGCACCAUCAAACUACAUGAGAUACCGAUACGGCAAGGCGAAGUACCUUUAACGUUGAUGAGGUACCUUGGAGCAGCUCAAUGUUGUGUUAAUCCCAAAUGUAAAGGUGUUUUCUUUGACAAUCGUGUGGAGCACAUCAAGUUUGUCGACUUCUGUGGCAAAUACCGCAUUCCACUUCUGCAAUAUCUAUGUAGCUCUAAGUGCAUCACUGGAAGUUGGGAGAGUCGCGAGGCAGAUAGCAAUCCUCAUCCUCACAUGAUGAGGAAAGUUCUCCUGGGCUGACUAUAGCCGCGAUUUAUGUGGUCUAUCCUAUCUAAGACCUCUAACAGUAACUUGUAAAAUAUGAUAAAAAAAACUAUUUUAGUAAACACUGUUUAUUACAUACCUAAGAAAAUGUUUUGUUAUUUCAUUGUUAUUGUUAUCCAGGAGUCUAAAUUUGUUUUGAUUAAUAUCUACUUAUCUAUAAAAAAUAAAAUAAAACAAGUGAGGAAAAAUUGUAGUUAAUGUUCAAGUUUCGUUUCUUCAGCAUUGGUAUACUGAUAAAUAUUUUUUUAGAAAUAUAUUGGUGAAUAAAUAUUGGGGCCAUGGUUGUUAUAAUUAUUCAUUGUAAGAUUAUCCUAAGGUACCUACUUGCGCAUAUAUAUGUGCCAAUAUGUGAUACAUUUUAUAGAACAUUUAUAUUGAAAUAAAGUAUAUUUUCAUUA